AUGGCCACAGAACAUCAACGUCCACAAUUCGUAGGUGUAGAUAUUGCACCACUCUACCCUUCCGAAAUUCAUCCAACCAAUGUAAAAUUCCGUCAAGCAAAUGUUCUUAGUGGUUUACCAUUUGAAGAUGAAACUUUUGAUUUUGUUUAUAUGAGAUUCAUGACUUUUGCUUUCACAAUUAAUGAUUGGGAACGUGCUUUAAAAGAAAUUUUAAGAGUUACAAAAAAAGGUGGUUAUAUUGAAUUAAUGGAAACUGACUUUAAAUGGUACAAUGAAGGUCCAUUUAAUAAAUCUUCAAUUGGUGAUUUCCUACGCACUCAAAGAAACAUGGAAGUUGUUGUAUCCCCUCUUAUCACAAAACUUCUUACUAGCCUCUGCACCUCUGAAAUAAAUCACAACGAAAGAAAAAUAGCAAUUGGCGAAUGGGGUGGCAAACUUGGAAAAUUAUAUCAAGAAUUAUAUGGUUGGGCUUCUAGAAAUCUUAGAAGAGUUAUAUCCGAUAUUGGUUUCAACGAAAAAGAAUGGGAUGAUACUGUUGAAAUUUGUUUAAAACAGUUGAACGAACAACGUGCUUAUGAUAUGAUUCAUAGACUCUGGAUUGUAAAACCUUCAGGGAAUGAUGAUGAAUAA